AUGCCAGUGGUCCCUGAACAGCAGAAUGCAUACGUUGCCCAAGAUAUGAGUCAAUUUCAAGCUCCCCAAGAGCUAAAUCCAUCCAGGUGUGGCCGACCCAAGGUCAUCCGUCCAUCCCCACAGCCUGCGACACCGUCUAGAAUCGAGCUCCAGAACAUUCUGAAUCCAGGAAGCAUCCUGCCCACUCAGCCGCCGAACCAGGCCGUCAUGGGCAUGGUCUUGCCCAACUCGGGCCAGCAGCCACCAUUGUACACUGAAUCCCAGCGUGCCGUACCCUCUACAUCCAGCCAGCAUUUACGGAAUCUCCAGGCAGCUCCCCCAAGGGCUCCCCCAGCUGGCUUCUCUGCCGGCCCUCUGGGUAGCCAGUCGCUGAGCUCCCAGCAGCUCCAGCGUUCCAGUCUGCCCACUAGCGGCCUGAGGGCCUCCUGGGAGCCGGUUCUAGGCCAGGCAGAUGAUGGAAGCCAGCAGCAGGUUGUUAGCAGUGCCGCCGGGGUGCUCUUGAGAGCAUUCCCCACGCAGCAGGCGAUUGCGUCCCCUAGUCCGAUGGCCACACGGGUGCCACCUAGCCAGACGGCAACUGCUGCCCUGGCUAGCAUACAGAGCCCAGCACAGGGCCCCGGGCUGGUGCUGAGCAUCCCCCAGGCCCUCCAGCAGGGCCUGGGCCCAUUCAGUCCCGUGAGUCCUGCCCAGGGCAUCGAGCCACCACCAAGCUAUGAAAGCACCAUGGCAGCCGCUGCUUCUGCCUCCACCAUUGCUGCCAGCCAGUCACCAGGGCUACCCACUGAGCUGGCAUCUUAUGACCCAGUGGCCCGGCCCCUACUAAACAAUCUGUCCUCGGCCUCUGAGGUGGAUGUCAUUGAAGCCCUCCUGGGCAGUCCCAACGCGAGUCCUUCCAAGGACUGGAUGGGCAGCCAGAGGUCUGUGGACUUCCUUCUGGAGCAGGAUGCUGCUGCUCCCCAGAAUGCCCUAAACCCGGGUGACAGUGACGAUCAGGAGACCGGGCCUUUACCUCUCAACAGAGACAGGCCCCUGUAA